CUCCCUCAUUCACUUCCUCCCUCACUCCACUCACUCCCUCCCUCACUCAGUUGUUUGUUCCCUCCCUCACUCGUUCACUGACUCACUCGUUCACUUCCUCACUCAUUCACUCCCUCACUCAUUCACUCACUCAUUCACUUACUCCCUCACUCACGCAUUCACUCACUCCGUUGGUCACUCAGCAAAUCCUUCUGCAGCCCCAGGCACGUGCCAAGCACUUCCAGCUGUUUGGGCUCUUUCAUUGGAUUUGGUAUAAGCCAAACAUUUGUGGCUAAAACAGCUUUGGAGACUCUUAGACCAGAUCAUCUGUAAAGUCUGCAAAUCCAACAUUCAGAGAUUCUAACAGUUCCUGAUAUUUGUUCAGACCUGUUGACCCUGUGAAGUCCUUUCCAUUGGUUCUCUCGGCUAGUCCUCAGGCCAGGUAGACAGUUGUCGCUUCUGUUUGUUUAUGGGUUAGGAAAGUGAGACACAGAGAAACAGUGACUUGCCAUCUACUCUGUGCCAGUCAUUGUGCCAGGCGCUGGGAUACAACAGUGAGCAGGAAAGGCAUAGGCCCCUCUUGGGUGGAACUUCUAUUUCUAGCCAGGAAAACGUUAGCAGCUAAAUACACAGUGCUUUGAUUGUGGCCGUGAGAAGUGCUAAGAAGGAGAAGUCUGGGGAGCUGUGAGGGGAUCUACUUAGGGUCCUCCAUUGGCCCCGUCUACGGGGAGGUGGUCAGAGAAGUGUGUUUGAGGAAGUAGAACUCGAGCUAUGCUCCAGAUCAGGGAUUGGCAAAUGUUUUUUGGAUCAGAUGGCAAAUAUUUAAGGCUUUAUAGGCCAUACGGUCUCUCCCUCAACUGCCAUACAGCAUGAAUGCAAUCAUCGACGGUAUGCACACGAAGAAGCAUGGCUGUGUUCCAGUAAAGCUUUAUUUACGGAAACAGGCAGUGGGCUGGGUUUAGCCUGCAGGCUAUGUCUGGACUCUUGCUCUAAAGGAUGUGUAGGAAUUGCUGAUUCAAGAGAUGAAACCGGAGCUUCACAGAAGAACCGGAACCAAAUUCGUCCACCCAUCUCAUUUGUUCAGCCGAACGUGUAUGAGCCUUUGUGGUGGAUCUGUGUUCCCAUGUUCCCACACUGUGCUCUCUGCAGGUUGCCUGACCCCCAGAGGACCCAUGUAAUGUGGGCGACCAGCAAGGACUUCGGGAUGUCUGGGCUCCGCUUUGGCACGCUGUACACAGAGAACCGGGAUGUGGCCACUGCGGUGGCUUCCCUCUGCCGCUAUCACGGCCUCAGUGGCUUGGUCCAGUACCAGAUGGCACAGCUGCUCCGGGACCGUGACUGGAUCAACCAUGUGUACCUACCUGAGAACCAUGCCCGGCUCAAGGCUGCCUACACCUAUGUCUCAGGAGAGCUCCGGGACCUGGGGAUCCCCUUCCUCAGCCGUGGGGCAGGCUUCUUCAUCUGGGUUGACCUGAGGAAGUACCUGCCCGAGGCCACCUUUAAGGAGGAAAUGCUGCUUUGGCGCCGCUUUUUGGACAACAAGGUACUGCUGUCCUGUGGCAAAGCCUUCCAGUGUAAAGAGCCUGGCUGGUUCCGCUUGGUCUUCUCGGACAAGGCCCACCGGCUUUGCCUGGGGAUGCAGAGGGUCCGGCAGGUGCUGGAGGCCAAAUCCCAGGUGCCAGAUGACCCCGCUUCCUGUCAGAGCCAGGAGUCAGGGAACCAGCGCAGGUGAGCUGGUCGUUGCCUGGUGACCGCAGAACCUGGCAGUCGCCACCAAUCUGACCCAUUUGGGGCUGUGAAGACUGGCGGGGGCGAGCCGUUUGCCAGGAGGGUACCUGACUUGGCCUUGGCCCUGAAGAAGAACCAUUGCUUGCCUCUCUCAGUGGCGGUGAGACUCCUCCAGGGGUGCUUUGACUCAGCCCCACCCCCUCUAUUAAACAAGACUGGGAGAAACUAGAAGCCUCGGCUGUAAUUUGCUGAAUGGAGGAGUCGCGACUGCUGCUAACCACAGCCCUUAGGACCCACCCCUCCCAGGAUGUGAGAACAAAACAAUGCGUACCUUUCUUCCUUCUUCUUUGUUGCCAGGGAAACAAGUUAGAGGAGCAACACAUAUGAGAGAGAAUAUGCCCCCCGAAAUAAACAAGAGUGAUAAUCCCCGAA